UUGACUGCCGAAAGACCCACGGUAAUCGACGCCAAUAUGGAACAGGAGAUGGAUUUUAUCUGCCCGUCGGAAGGAGAAAAAAAAGUGUCUCUGUUUGCAUGAAACUAGUUGUGAAGACAGAAAAUGACAGUAGUAAAACAGUAAUAUAAUCAAUUUAUUACAACCGUAGCCUCCUACUUUAGGUGAUUUUUAGUGUCCCCAUAACAGUCGUUUGCUUCCCGGUCGUCUGUGAUUUCCUUUCCUUCCGCCUUGAAUUUAUUGACACAAAGGCCCAGUUGCCAGACUGACAAACAAAAAGAGGGGAGCUGAGAUGAAACAUUAGGAGCGAUUAUGAAAGACGUUAUGGUUGACGCUCAGGGUGUGAUAUAAUUGUCAUUUGAGUUAUCGAAAAAGGGGGUAAGGUCCUAAAAGUGUUCGUUAUGGAGGCAGUGCCGUAUUCCUGAACGGCAUUUCUCUUCCACAUUUGUGUUUAGCCACUCUGUAUGAAAUUGAUACAGGUAUUGGUCUGUGGGGGAAAAGGGACAGAGAGAUUAACAUGGCAGAAAAUUGUUAACCAGAUCGUUUAUGAUAAUCAUGUGGUUAUUUUGUGUGCAGUUUACAAUUUUUUUUUCUUCCCAUUUUUAACUCCAUACAAUUGAUUUGUGUUUCAUUUUUUCAUGCCACGGUAUUGUCUAUUGUUUGUUUCAGAAAAGGUUUAUGUUGUGGAAGUUUGUAACAAGUAGAGGCAGAGCUUGGAUAUCGGAGGAGGUCAAUGACAUUCAUUUUCUCACCUGUUUCCUCAGGUCCAGUAAAACCAUGAAUCUCUGCUCCAAAUGUUUUGCUGAUAUCCAGAAGAAGCAGCCAGGGGAGGACUGCACCUCCAAGCCUAUCCAAAGCACUGGGAGUAGCCAAUCGCCAGUUUUCAGUAGCGAGACGAGCAGUAGCAGUACCCAAUCCCUAUUGUCGUCGCCGCCCUCUAGCUCCGAGCAGCCAUCAACCGAAGAGCCCUCGCCCACGUUUCCCAGCACGAGGGAAGGCGUGUCGUCCACAGAAACAGCCCAAGGCACACUCUGCACACCCACAAAACGUCCACGAGAGUCAGCGUCGGGCUCAGAGAGCGAGGCGACGCCAGAGAAGCGGCCACGGACAGACGAGAAGGAGGGGAGCAGCGAGGAGGCCCGCGGGACGCCCAAGCAGAAGAAUCGCCGGCGCUGCUAUCGCUGCCAAACCAAACUAGAGCUGGUGCAGCAGGAACUGGGCUCCUGCCGCUGUGGCUAUGUAUUCUGCAUGCUUCACCGUCUACCCGAGCAACACGACUGUCUGUUCGACCAUCUGGGCCGCGGGCGUGAGGAGGCCGUCCUCAAGAUGGUGAAGCUGGACCGCAAGGUGGGCCGCUCGUGCCAACGCAUCGGGGAGGAGUGCUCCUGAUUGGCCACACGGUGACCAGCCAUCCAGUUAGAGAUGAGGCGCUUACAAA